GGCAAUCUCGGGUAAUCUAUCAGCAGCUAUCGGGCGCAUCGGAGGGCCGGGAGCGGCCAGGCCCAGAGAUGGCGCCAACCCCUAGCGACGAUAAAGUCUCCGAGUUCAGCGGUGAUGAAUGCCGAGUUCCCUUGGAGACGUGGAAGCUACGGAAGAGGCUCAGGCCAUGGACGCCAGCCACCCAGAGCGGGAGGCCGGAACACCGGAGCCUGAGGCCGUGGGAGAGCCCGAGCCCCUGAGCCCUUCCAGUCCAGACGCUAAUCCCCCACCCCCACCAUCGCCACCGCCCCCCACGCCCCCAGGAGGCCCCGAGGAGAUGAAGGGGCAGGAGUCAGAGACAAGGCUGGAGGAGGAGUCUGGCGUCUCCUGGAGCGGGCCAGGCGAGCUGGAGCUGCUGCUGCAGGACGGGCAGAGGUGCGUGCGGGCUCGACGCAGCCUCACCGAGGGCCUGUCCUGGGGCCCAUUCCGCGGGAACCUCCAGAGCAGAGCCUUGUCCCCUGGGCAAGUGGAACCGGGCCCUGCCCUGACGCUGCUGCUGGAGGACCAGCCCUGCUGGCUGACGUCGCUGCCACAGGCCCUGACCGAGGCCGAAGCCAACGCGGAGAUCUACAGGAAGGAUGAAGCCCUCUGGUGCAGACUCACCAAGCCGGUGCCCGCGGGCGGACUGCUGAGCGUGCUGCUCACGGCGGCCGAGCCCCAGGGCACCCCCAGCCACCCUGUGAAGGAGGAGCCAGCAGAGCCUGAGUGCCCAGCCCCCGCACAUGCAGACAUCCAGCUCCUGCCCCAGCAGGCCGGCAUGGCGUCCAUCCUGGCCACAGCGGUCAUCAACAAAGACGUCUUCCCCUGCAAAGACUGUGGAAUCUGGUACCGCAGCGAGAGAAACCUGCAAGCCCACCUGCUCUACUACUGUGCCAGCCGCCAGACCACCGGCUCCACGGCCGCAGCAGCCGCCGCCGACAAGCCCAAGGAGACCUACCCCAACGAGCGCGUCUGCCCCUUUCCCCAGUGCCGCAAGAGCUGCCCCAGCGCCAGCUCCCUGGAGAUCCACAUGCGCAGCCACAGCGGAGAACGCCCUUUUGUAUGUCUGAUCUGCCUGUCGGCCUUUACCACCAAGGCCAACUGUGAGCGGCACCUCAAGGUGCACACAGACACGCUGAGCGGUGUCUGCCACAGCUGUGGCUUCAUCUCCACCACAAGGGACAUCCUCUACAGCCACCUGGUGACCAACCACAUGGUCUGCCAGCCGGGCUCCAAGGCUGAGAUCUACUCACCAGGGGCCGGACACCCCACUGCCAAGCUCCCCCCAGACAGCCUGGCCAGCUUCCAGCAGCACACGGCCCUGCACGGCCCCCUGGCUUCUGCCGACCUGGGCCUGGCGCCCACCCCAUCCCCAGGACUGGAGAGGAAGGCCCUGGCAGAGACCACCAAUGGAGAGGCCAGAGCCGCCUCCCAGAAUGGGGGCAGCAGCGAGCCCCCGGCAGCGCCCCGGGCCAUCAAGACGGAGGCCACAACGGAGGAGCCCGAGGCGGAACCAGGGCCCACGGCCGCAUCGCGGUCACCCUCACCGCCCAGCCCCGCUCCGGCCAGGGUGAAGGCCGAGCUGACCAGCCCCACGCCCGGCUCCAGCCCCGGACCCGGCGAGCUGGGGCUGGCAGCCGGCGCGCUCUUCCUGCCGCAGUUCCCCGCCGCGCCCCCGGCCUCAGAGAUCCUGGCCAAAAUGUCCGAGCUCGUGCACAGCCGGCUGCAGGCGGGAGCGGGGUCGCAGGCCGGCCUCUUCGCGGGGGCCCCCAAGGGCGCCACGUGCUUCGAGUGCGACAUCACCUUCAACAACGUCAACAACUUCUAUGUGCACAAGCGCCUCUACUGCUCCGGCCGCCGGCCGCCCGACGACGCGCCCCCCGCGCGCAGGGCCAAGGUGCCCGCGACCCCCACACGCGCGCCCCCGGGCCCACCGCCCCCAGAGGCCGAUGCGAGGCACGCGUCGCCAGGCUCCGGGACGCGCGAGGACGAGGCGGGGGGCGCAGCCACCCCCGAGGCCGAGCCCGAGGCCGAGGGGGGCGGCCGGGGCCGGGAAGGCAGUCCAGGUAGCCCGAGCCCGGGCAGCGGGGCGGACGAGGACGACGACCCCCGCCGGACGCUGUGCGAGGCCUGCAACAUCCGCUUCAGCCGCCACGAGACCUACACGGUGCACAAGCGCUACUACUGUGCCUCGCGUCACGACCCGCCGCCGCGCCGGCCCGCGCCCGCCGGGACCCCCGGGACCCCCGCGCCGGCGGCGCCCUCUGCGCCUGCCGCGCCGCCCGUGCGCACGCGCAGGCGCCGCAAGCUGUACGAGCUGCACGCGGCCGGCCCCGCCCCGCCCCCCGCCGCCGGCCCCGCCCCCGCGCCGCUCGGCCCCGCCUCCGAGCCGCCCGCGUCGCCGUCGCCCAGGCCCGGAAGCGGAAGCGGCGGGCCCGACGCCGCCGACGGCCCCAUCGACCUGAGCAAGAAGCCGCGGCGGCAGGCGCCUGUGCCUGCGCCCGGCUUACCUGCGCUGGCCGACUACCACGAGUGCACGGCCUGCCGCGUGAGCUUCCACAGCCUCGAGGCCUACCUGGCGCACAAGAAGUUCUCGUGCCCUGCCGCCCCGCGCCAGCUGCGCGCCGCCCCCGAGGACGCGCCCGGCGGCGCCGUCGUGUGCCCCUACUGCCCGCCCAACGGCGUGGUCCGCGGCGACCUCAUUGAGCACUUCCGCCUGGCGCACGGCCUGCUGCUGGGCCAGCCCCCCGCCGGCCCCGGCCCCGGCGCCCGGACGCCCUCGCCCGCCACCCCCCGCGACGGCCUCAACGGCCAGGAGCCGCGGGAGCCGGCCCCCGGCGCGGCGGACGACAGCCCCCGGCCCGGCCCGCCGCCGUCCCCGAGCCCCGAGGCGGUGCUGCCGCCCCCGCCGACGCCCCCCUCCCACUCGGACAAGGGCGUCCAGACCCCCGGCAAGGGGGCGCCGGCGCCCGCGCCUCCCGGCAGUCACCGGUACUGCCGCCUGUGCAACAUCAAGUUCAGCAGCCUGUCCACCUUCAUCGCCCACAAGAAGUAUUACUGCUCCUCGCACGCGGCCGAGCACGUCAAGUGAGCGGCUGCCACACUACAGCCGGAGCGCGCCUGGCGCCCCCGCUGCAGCCGGGGCGGGGGCGCGCCGAGCGCUGGCCUCGGCAGAGGGGCUGCGGGGGACAGCGCCCGCCCGGACCCUUGGCACUUAAUAAAGAAGUUCAGUUUGAUGAACACCGUAGCGCAGCGGCCUAGUUCUCUGAGCACGGGGGCCCGGUGGGUGGGGGCGCACACAGGGCCGCCCUUCGGGCUCUGGCUGUGCCCUGGGCACCGAGAGGCUCGACGCAGCCGCCGCCGCCGUUGGGAGCGUAGACAUGGGCCACGGCCGGGGUCACGUGGUCAGUGGCCCUAGAGCUGGACCGAACCCCCGGUCAGUCUGAUGCCACAGCACACACUGGUAAUCGCUGCCCUGCAGGCUGCUCUGGACCCACGUGGGUCAUUGGGGAGCAGGCACUGCCCUUCUGGGCCCUCUGCUGCUGUCCUCCAGGAUGCUACCAGAAGUUCUGGGUUGGCCACCAGCUACCAAAGGGAAGGACUUCCUACUGGCCAGCCAACAGGGGACCGCGAAGGCCUGUGCUUGCCAAGGCUAGUGGGGAGAGAAGGGACGGUGAGACAGCCGACAGGCACCAGGGGACACGGUGGGCAAGGGAGGGGGCAUCAGGCCCCACAGCGUACCCUGGAGCUAGUGGGAGCCAAAUCCUGAGCUGGGUGUAGCGUGGCACCUGUGGGGGCCACCCCCACCCCAGUCUGCCUAACUGUACCUGGGCCACCGCGGGACCCGGGCAACCACACCCAAGCAGAGUCCAGCCAUGGUCUUGUCACCCUGCUAGAAAACACUCAUCCACUUUUCCAACUUUGCUUGAAGGAGCAGAGUUUCUUACAAACACUUUUACAGCGAAGCCUAUGGGGGAAUGGAAGUGAACUCUGACCUUUGAUCUUUCUCUGUCUCAAGGUAAUAGAGGUGCUUCCCGCCAUCCACUCAGGCUCACUCUCCUUGCUCAAGGCACGUGUCUCUCCCAGCCCUUGUGGGGCUACGAAGACCAUGUUUGGACAAGAUCGGCCACGGGUCAUCCACAGGCCCCUGCCCGUCUGACACGCGAACACACACCAGCACCCCCCACACCCCCCACAUCCCUCACUGGGCCUGACCAGACAGGGCUGCUCUGCCCAGGCACUGCAGGCAGGGCUCCCACACCCUCCUAGAGCCUGCUCUGGGGAAGUCAGUGGAGGCAGGGUCCCAGGGGAGCCACGCUGCCUCCCUCCAAGAUGCCCGGCCUCUGCCACCCAGGCUUGGGGCAGAGGAAGCCCUCAGACCCUCAGCCCUGCUCCUUGUUUGCAUUGUUCCGCAUGAAUUUGCAUGGAGGGUUCAAGAGGCUUUGACUCUGAGUCAGACCAGCGGAUGAAAGCAGACAUUACCGAUGUCGGCGCAUACUGUCAUUAAA